AUGGAAUGGAGUAGGUCUAGAGAGAGAGAGAAGAUUAAAAAAUAAAGAGAGAAAGAGGAAACAAAAAAGGAAAAACACUACAAGUUAUAAAAAGAUGAGAUAUUCAAUUAAAGAUAUUUAUUUGUGUAGGCCAUUUCAGAUGGAACAUUUGGAAGAGUAGUAAGAGUGUUUGAUGGAGGAGAGAAUGAUUUCAAGGCCAUAAAGAUCAUUAAAUCAGUUAAGAGACAUAUUCAAAGUGCCAAAAUUGAAUAUGGAAUACUGAGAACCAUUCAUUAACAAAAUCAAUAUCAUCCAGGAAAUGAGAAGAUUGUAAGAGCAUACGAAGCAUUUAGUCAUAAGGAUAAUUAUUGUAUAGUUUUUGAGGAUGUAAGAUUUGCAUAGUAAUUUUUAGCUUGGAUUAUCUUUGUAUGAUUUUAUGCGAGGAAAAUAUUUCGGAGGAUUUGAAUUGAAAGCCGUUUAAGAAAUAUUAUAUGAUUGUCUUUAAGGUUUAGAUUUUAUGCAUACAAGUGGAUACACUCAUACAGAUCUUAAACCUGAGAACAUUCUAUUAAUAGAUAAAUAAUAGAAAGGGUAAUCAAAAUAAAUUAAUCUAUUUUAAGGAAAAAAGAAGGUCAUUAUCAUGUAAAAAUAAUAGAUCUUGGAGGAGCAGUAUUUUAGACAGAUUGUCAUUCUUAAUUGAUUAAUACUAGAUAAUACAGAGCACCAGAAGUAAUUCUUAGGAAUAAAUGGACUAAUUUAAGUGAUAUGUGGUGUAUGGGAUGUAUAGCAGUCGAAUUAUUUACAGGUUAUUUAUUAUUAUAUAAUUAUUUAUAGGCCAACAAUUGUUUAAACCAAAAGGAAAUGAUUUUUAUCAUUUGGCAAUGAUUGAAAAACAUUGUGGACCUAUUCCUAUAGAAAUGAUUCAAUAAUGUAGAAAUGAAGCUAGAGAAUAUUUCAAUGAAUAUUAAUUGAAUGAUUCUUUUUUAAAAUGGCCAGAUGAUUAAUUCAUGGUUUAAGAAUUAAAUCUGAUGAAAGUUUUCAAAGCAUUGAUCCCAUAAAAUUAAUAGGAAUUACUUAAUUUAAUAGAGAAUUUAAUUGUAAUAGAACCAUUAAAAAGAUUGACACCAAAAUAAGCAUUAGAACAUGAAUUUUUUAAAUUAACAUUUAAUUGA